AUGAUACGUUUCCUCUGGAUGACUUUGUCUAGAUAUUGAAGCUGUUUAGUUUCAAGUUCUAGACCACUAGAACCGACUGACUGCUCUGUGCAGAUACAGAUUGUUGUGGGUUCAUUUUCUCUUGAGAAGAGGGUGUAGCUAAAGCCUUUUUCCCCCCUCAAGAUGUUUUCGGCCCUGAAGAAGCUGGUGGGUUCAGAACCCGGGCAGGUAAGGGAUAAGAACAUCCCAGCCGGACUGCAGUCCAUGAACCAGAAUCUGCAGAGGAGGUUCGCCAAGGGGGUUCAGUAUAACAUGAAGAUAGUGAUCCGGGGAGACAGAAACACAGGCAAGAGCACGCUCUGGCACCGGCUCCAGGGCAAGAAGUUUCUGGAGGAGUACCUGCCCACCCAGGAGAUCCAGGUCACCAGCAUUCACUGGAACUACAAGACAACAGAUGAUGUUGUCAAGGUCGAAGUGUGGGACGUGGUCGACAAAGGCAAAAGCAAGAAGCGAGGAGACAGUUUGAAAGUGGAAAACGAGCCCCAGGAGUCUGAAAAUGAGAUGGCCCUGGAUGCUGAGUUUCUGGAUGUGUACAAGAAUUGUAACGGAGUCAUAAUGAUGUUUGACAUCACGAAGCAGUGGACGUUCAAUUACAUCCUGCGGGAGCUUCCCAAAGUGCCGAACCACGUCCCAGUGUGUGUGCUGGGAAACCACCGGGACAUGGGGGAGCACAGAGUCAUCCUGCCCGACGACAUUCGAGACUUCAUCGUCAGCAUGAACAGACCCCCUGGUUCAUCUUACAUUCACUACGCUGAGUCUUCAAUGAGGAACGGCUUUGGUUUAAAAUAUUUGCACAGAUUUUUCAAUAUACCCUUCCUGCAGCUGCAGAGAGAGACGUUGCUACGGCAGCUGGAGACCAAUCAGUUGGAUAUCGAUGCCACCCUGGAGGAGCUGACUGUCCAGCAAGAGACCGAGGAUCAGAACUACGAGAUUUUCCUUGAAAUGAUGGAAUCGCGCAGCAAAGGCUACGCCUCUCCUGUACCAACCAACGGACAGAGCCCGUCGUCGGGGUCCCAGUCCCCCAUCAUCCCUCCGAACGGAGCCUCCACAGAGAACUCUAGCCCGGGGACCCCCCAACCCCUCCCUCCCACCCAGACACUGCUCACAGUGUCCUCGCCCUCCCCACCUCCCCUGGCCAUGACAGGCACAGCGCUCCCUGCGGCUGAGAUCCAGACAGCGCAGCAAGCAGCGGCACCUCCUCCUCCUCCUGCGCAAGCACAGGAGCCCUCUCCCCCCGUCCCGUCCCUCUCUCCAGCACCCUUUCCGUCCGCUGCAGCCACCCCCGUACCCCCUCCCCAGAAACGAAGCAUCAUCUCCAGGCUCUUCGGCUCCUCUUCCACCCCCGAGAUCCCCACUAACAAACCCGAGUCCUCGCUCCCGGCUCCCACGGAGGGCAUUGUGAAGAGCGUGGACGACUUUGUUCCGGACGACGGCUUGGACCGCAGCUUCCUUGAGGACACCACCCCUCAGAAGGACAAGGUCAAACCCCAGGCCCAGCCACGGGCCAGCCACGACAGCGACAGUGACGGCGAGGACGGGGGAGAGAACCCCAUGGUGGCGGGUUUCCAAGACGACCUGGACACUGAUGACGAGCUCCCCCACAAGCCUGUCCCAAUAGCCACUGUCCCCAGCAAGAACAUCACCCUGUCCAGCGACGAGGAGGACCAGGGGGGCGGAGGGACGGGCGCUGGGCAGGACACUAAAUGGUCUUCCAAAAACUCUAUAAAGCCACCGACCAAAACUAAGACUGUUACAACGGAACUGAAACCUGACGCUGUCAACUUACCUCAACCCCUGGGGCCUGAGAAAGUCAGUAGCCAGAAAACUCACCUCAGUCCCUCCCCAGCCCCAGCCCCAGCCGCGGGCUCCAAAAAGAAGAGUGGCCCCCAGGAGCCAGAGUCCUCGGAUACAGACCUCGAAGGGCCCGUGGCUAAGCAGAUGCUCUCCUUUGUUAUGGACGACCCAGACUUUGACAGCGAGGAAUCGGACAGCCAAAUAAAGAAGGUGGAUGUGUUCCCGGUCCGGGAUGAAAUCUCCGACCUCUCCGAUAACGAGUUCAUUCCUUCCAAGGUUCCCGAGCCCCUGAAGCCCAGCGUCCUCUCCUUCAAACCCAAAGACAGCACUGACCUGUUCGGCCUGGGCUUCGAAGAGAAGAGCGUGCAGCUCAGAGACAGCAGCGACGAGGCUGCAGAUAAAGACAGUAAACACUCAUCAAAAGACAAAAAGAAAAAGAAGAAAAAAAGCAAAGAGGAGGAAGAGAAGGCCACUAAGAAGAAGCACAAGCAAAAGAAGAAGGAGAAAGAGGAGAGAGGAGGAGGAGGAGGAGGAGGAGGAGGAGGGGGGGAUGACAAAAAAAAGAAAUCGAAGAGCAAGAAACCAGACGAGAUGGGCGACCUGGAGGCCUUCCUGGCAGGAGUGGAGGGGCCAAUAAAGAGCGGGGGCGGGGACUAUGAGGAGCUCUAGACUCUGUACUGUCCAAUCAGGGCUGGACGUGGGCGUGGUUCGUCUGGAACCCAGCUGUCUCGCCGUAGCCGAUGAUGAACAAUGCAACUGUGGCUUUACCUUUCUUGUUUUACUUAGUUUUUUUUCCCAUUAUUACUCCUUGUGUGUGGUGUUUAUUUCCCUUUUUUUUUUUUUUCUUGACUUGUCGGAGCGCUCGAUUCCCCCGUAAUCAAGGAAAAUAGACGUCUGUUCGAUUUUUUUUUUUCGUUCCACUUCCAGAACCACGCUUUCAAUUCUAGAAUGUUUCAACAAAACAAAGAACCUUCACAAGCAUUCCCCUUUAAUCCAGGGGUGGACGUGCUAAUGUGUUGUACAUGAUCGACAUGUUUCCUUUGGGAGAGCUUGUUUAAAGUGGUACAUGUAAGGUCUCUGAUUACAAUCUAAAAUACUGGUUGUGAAUUUCAAAGGGGGCUUGUUGUAAAUGGCAGUCUUGACAGACUGAUCACCAACCAUUGCCGCUACUUUGGUUUCAGUACUGGUCCUUACUAGCUUACGCUGAAGUAAAAUCAUACUACUACAACCACAGCAUAAACAGACACAAGAGGCAUGUUAAGGGAGCCUCUUUCUUUAUGUUUGAUUUUAUUAUGCACACUUCAGUUUUCCCUGAUCGCUCCUGCUUUCAAAGACAUGCUAUCUGAAAGCCGAUCCAAAUCUUUGCACAUCGAUAACAUAUUUUUCACUGUAAAACAGGGAAGUUAACACUACAUCGAAGAGAAAGGGAUUAAUAAAAAUAUCAUGCUGGUACUGCGCGAUCAUGUUUUAUUAACACAUACAGAAGUAGUAUUUAAAUGUUACAUUUACCAGGCUGGUGUUAUACUGAAUCCUGAUAAAUUUAGCACAGUCUUAGGUGCCUUCUGUAUGAAAUCUAUACCUGUGGACUCAAACCUGCUGAGGAAACAGAAAACUAGAAAGCUCUGUGCUGUUUAACUUUUACAACAACAUGAUGUUACAGACACUGCGGGACACGUCUUGGCUUUACUGCAGUACAGAAGCCUACACAUUGUGUGCGACCAGGCACUCCCGAACCGUGGCUACCUUGUAUUUGUGACUGACUUGUGUUUGUUUAUGUGUGUUGUUUGGUUUUUGCUUUAAAAACCGAUUGAAAGUAAACAUGUCUGGUUUUUGUUUGAACAAUUCGUGCUGUCAGACUUCCUCGAGGUUUUCAGAUUCGAGUAUCCUGCUGUUUGCACUGUGUGUCCAAAGCAGGGUAACUACUGCACUUCCAUUCCGAAUCGGACACUCCUCCUACAUAUCCUUUUGAACUCUUCUCUGUAUCUUUUUUUGGAGCAAAAAAAAAAAAAAAACAUGCUUAGAUCUCCUGGUGCGACUGGUAGUAAGGGAGUGCCCUACUAAUUUCUCUGCAGUAAUGUUUAGCACCCUAAUACUAUUCUACAUGACCAGAGCAGAAUCCUAAGCAAUCGGAACACCUGUUGUUCUCAGAAUGCACAAGCGAAACAUUAGUCUUGUUUUUAGAAUCAUUUGUCUGACAGGUAAUGCAGUUGACAGCCAGACCUGCAGUGUUGGAUCAGCAGACUACAGAAUUGAACUCGAUCACCACGCUGUUUCACUUCCCUUAUCGCUAUUGACGUACUGUUUUUUAUUCCAAUGUAAUAUAUCCUGAAGCCUUUUAACUGUGUAUAAAGUGCUUUGCUAUAUUUAGCUGUCUGCUGCGUAAGAAUCAAAAGACCUGAAAAAAAAUAAAAUAAAUUCCUGGAUGUAAAGGCUGCUAGCGAUUGCUGCUUGACCAGAUUUCUUGGGUGGGACGACUGGCUUUGGUAAUACACUCUCUGAGGUCUUUCGUUCUCUACCAACCCCAGAGAUUCUGAUUCCAUGAACAGUGUUGCAAUCCCGGCUUGGUGCUUUUAAUCCAUCAAGAGCCAUUGUCCUCAUUUGAGGACAGGCUACUUUGUAAUGUUUACCUGACAAUUAAAUGUUCUCUUUUAAUUAUGUUAUUAUUAUAACUUACUCCUCUAAUUUUGUUAACCGUAAAAUGUACGUCUAAAUGUAGCGGUUAAUUCAUGAUAACAUUUUUCUGUGUGUCGAGCGUCACAGCCGACGUGAAAUGGUCUGACUGCCCUCAAAAUGGGACGCUGGGAAUUAUGUUGUAAAUAUUCUUGUCAUUUUACACUUGUAAAAGAUUGACACCUUUUAGAAUGGUAGCAUAUUCAUUUAGAAUGUAUCAAAUUACACCAAUUUCCAGAUUCUGUUUAUCGAAAAGCAAUGAAUUUGGUACUUGGUGGGUUAAAGUGUGCAACCCACUUAAGUCAUCUGUCUUUAAAGCACUACAUUCAAAAAUGACUCCAAGGCACAAUUUGAUGGAUCAGACCACUAACUAACUAUUAAGAAAAAGGUCACCUGCUGGCUUCUUUGAAGCCUGAAAGCCAUUCAUGCUUUAGAUUAUAGGCAACAUGUGGGCUGCUGUAUUUCAGGGAGCCAUCUGUCUUCACUGUACAGAUUUAAAUGAAUUUUAUAAGCACGAUCAACUUGUGGAUAUUUUCCUACUACCGCUAUUCCUGGUGUAUGCAUUUUUUUUCAGCUCCAUUCUGAUGGUGUGCAAAAAAAAAUAAUAAUAAAAAGAUGAAAAAGGAUAUCGAUAAAGAACAUUUGUCAUUCAAUGCUUCCAUUUGCACACAGAACUGUUUGUGAAGCCGUAUUGCAAAUGCCUGUCUAAUAAAUGCAAAAACAUUUUCUUCCUAA